AUGAAGAGCACACCACUGUGGAUGCUCGCCUUGCAAGUGUUUGUUUCGUUUAUCAUCAUUGCUAGCCACUUGGCACAACCAGUAGUUGCAGAAGGUGGUGAUUCAGGUUUCAUCAGCAUAGAUUGUGGAGCAAGCCGAGAUUACGUAGAUGAUGUAACGGGGAUUCAGACCAGACAGAUGAAGCUAAUGACGCUGAGAAGUUUCUCGGAGGGAGGAAGCAACUGUUACACUCUAAACCCAAAGCAAGAGAUUGAGCAGAAGUAUCUAAUCAGAGUCCUGUUUGCAUAUUGGAAUUAUGACUCUAAAAACCAAGGACAAGGCACGCCUUUCAUCAAUACUUUGGAAUUAAGGCCAUUAAACAACUCUCUUUAUCCGGCUCCACUUCCCCUAUAUGCUGACUUUGGAAGAGCUGACGUGGGCCUUAGGCUCUCACCCUCUACUACGAGGUACAAAGACGAUGUGUACGAUCGCUUGUGGUCCAGCUACUAUGAUCUAAAUGAUCCCUUUGAAACGAAUGUAGAAGUAAAGGCAGAACACUCCGUUUAUAAACUGCCAUCAGAACUUCCUCCUGGCCACAAGAGGAUUAUGAAUGUCACUUUUGAUGAUGAUAAUUCCUUGUCUCAGCAACUUACUCUUGAAUACUUGAAGCCUAUUACCCUAUGUUCUAACAAGAUCACUGAAGGUUAUAUAAACUUCAUUAUUAGAGCAGAAGCUGCUUCAGAUGCUCCUCCUAUUCUUAAUGCUUUUGAAGUUUAUAUAUCCCUCCCACAACUGAAUUUCCCAACAGCUACACUGGAUGUUAAUGCUAUCAUGCAAAUCAAGCAUAUUUAUGGGAUCUGUAGAAUCAGUUGGCAAGGCGACCCAUGUGUUCCAUCUAAGUUAACAUGGGAUGGUCUGAAUUGCAGCUAUGGCGAUAAUAUAAGGAUAAUUUCUUUGAACUUGAGCUCAAGAAAACUCACUGGACAAAUAGCUACAGCCAUCGCUAGUUUGGAAAAGCUGGAGUCCUUUGAUGUGUCAGGAAACACGCUCACAGGUUCAAUUCCUAAGGCUUUUAGGGAGAAAGCCAAUUUGGAGCUAAGAGUGGCUAAUAAUCCAGGCCUUUGUCAGACAAAUUCCUGCAAAGGACAUAAGUUGUUAAUUCCACUUAUUGAAUCAGUUUCAGCUUUGGUCAUGGUUACUGUCCUUGUUUCUUUGGUGACCUGGAGAUUUAGAAAGCAAAGAGUUUUGUCUACUGAAUCUCCGAAAAGGAUGGAAAUUCUAAAACCAAAAAAUCAAGCUUUUUCUUGCUCUGAGGUUCUAUGUAUCACAAACAAUUUCGAAACUACUAUUGGAGAAGGAAGGUUUGGGAAAGUUUACCUCGGCACUUUAAGUGAUGAUACACAUGUUGCUGUUAAGUUACUUUCUCCAUCUUCAAGGCAAGGGUAUGAGGAAUUUCAAUUAGAGGCUCAACUCUUAACAGUCAUCCAUCAUAGAAACUUGGUUUCACUUGUUGGGUUUUGUGAUGAAAACGAUGUCAAAGCAUUGAUCUAUGAAUACAUGGAUCUUGGAGACCUCAACGCACUAUUGUCAGGUUCAUUUUAA